ACGUCAAGUUCUAAUGUUUCUAGAGAGAAACUUUUGAUAAAUGUGUCUAAUAAGUAUCAUCUGUACAACCAUUCAGCCUGGGUGUACAUACUUUUAUGAGUUUGUUCAGCUCCAUUAUAUAAGAAUUAAAGAGUUAGGGGGAAUAUAUAUAUGGGGUAAGUCAGCACUGGAAUGCGGAGAAAUAACAUCCUAACCUGUAAAAGAUAGUGUGAGAAUAUGCUGAGUGACAUCUGGACUGAUUAGAGAUAAAUGUUCUUCAGAAGCACUGCUAUGCUGAGGCUUCAUUUGUGCUAAGGCUUAUUAUUAGAGAGAAGAGAUAAGCUGAACUUUAUAUUAGAGCAUCAUCCAAGUGUAUUUUCUAAAUCAUGGCCUUUCAACCAACUGAGCAUCAACACGUGAGGUUCAAUCCUUUGCGAGGGGACUGGAUAUUAGUGUCUCCCCAUCGCAUGAAGAGGCCAUGGGCAGGACAGGUUGAGAAGCCAGUUGGAGAGGACAUACCAGCCCAUGACCCGAAGAACCCUCUCUGCCCAGGUGUGGUGCGCCCAAAUGGGGAGGUCAAUCCUAAAUCAUGUUCAAGCUCCACGCAGGAAUGUCAACCCACUGCUCUCUCAGUCUCCACACAUGGCACCUGUCGGGUCAUGUGCUUCCACCCUAAGUCAAACCUGACACUCCCUCUCAUGACCUGCCAGGAGAUCAAGACGGUUAUUGAUGAAUGGAUAAAGCAAAUGUUAGAUCUUGGGAAAAAAUACACCUGGGUACAGAUUUUUGAGAACAAAGGGACAGUCAUGGGAUGCUCAAACCCACAUCCACAUUGUCAGAUCUGGGCAUCCUCGUUUAUGCCCAAUGAACCGAAAUUGAAAGACACUAAUCAAAAAGACUACUUUGCCAAGUAUGGAAGACCUAUGCUGAUGGACUAUGUUAACAGAGAACUUGAAAAGAAGGAACGUCUUGUAGUUACAAAUGAUGACUGGGUUGUUGUGGUUCCAUACUGGGCAGUUUGGCCCUAUGAGACAAUGGUUCUUCCAAGGCGCCAUGUGUCUCGCAUGACAGAUCUCACAGAGACAGAGAAGACAUCUUUGGCUGAUAUCGUAAAGAAAUUGACAACCAAAUACGACAAUCUCUUUGAAUGCUCCUUCCCUUAUUCUAUGGGUUGGCAUGGUGCUCCAACUGGGCCAUGUCUCCAAGAUGAUGUCCAACAUUGGGUUUUUCAUGGUUCUUACUAUCCUCCUCUUCUGCGCUCAGCUACUGUCAAGAAGUUCAUGGUUGGUUAUGAAAUGCUAGCACAAGCUCAGCGUGACUUAACAGCAGAACAAGCUGCAGAUAAACUAAGAGCCUUGCCAGAGGUUCAUUAUAAGAAUGCUUAAAGAUGUUUUGGAAAUGAUCAGUUUUAUUAUUAUUUUUUUUUUCUAUAUUGGAGCACAAGAUUUUGUAUGUUA